GAAGGGAAGGAGGACGAAACGGACGGAGGCGGAACGGGAGGAGGAGGAACGGAAGGAGAAGUCUCUGGGGCGUUUGACGCAAAAGUUCAUCCAGCUAUUCUUGGUCGGGUACAGCGUCAUCUCGCUGUCCGGGGCGGCCGAGAAACUGUUGGGUGCGAACGCGCAGAAUUUGAACGACCGGGGAAUGAAAACCAAAGUGAGGCGGCUCUACGACAUCGCCAACGUGCUGACUUCCCUCCAACUCAUCGCCAAAGUGCACGUCACGGACUCACGGAAGCCGUCCUUCAAGUGGGUGGGGCUCUCCCUGGGGGAAAUUUAUGCUCUCCCGCCCUUCUCGAUCGGGGGCCGCGGGACUUUCCG